AUGCCCUUCUUGCUCGGGGGUUCGUACCUCCCCCUCGACUUUGACUGGUCCGGCUCGACCGCAAUGUUCCGCGCGGCUGUAUUCCACGACCCACGCCCAAACGAGCCCGUCUGCAGUGCCGACGAACACAUAUGUGGCUGCACGGCACCGGGCUGCAAAUGCAAGGUCAUGACGGUCCUGCCGGUGUGUACACUGUGCUCCUCAGGCGACCACACGCGCUUCUAG